CAAACUGUGUGAUUGGGAUCAAGAAGCGAUCAGUGACGGUUGUUAGAAGACAACAUGCGGUCCAAGUCGAAAGCGAGAAAACUAGCUCAUGACGAGCCAGAUGAAGGCAUUGUAGAGGAAGUCGGAGAGGGAAAGCAGGAGGGUUCACAGUGUCCCACCUCACUCGCCUGUCAGGACAAUCAAGUUGAGGAAGCAAGCCAGCCGGAACACUCCACUUUGAGUGAAAGACGGAACGACACUCAAAUGAACAUGAAGGGAGAGUCUCUUGGCAUUAGCGCAGACUGCGCCGGGCUACCUGACGAACUGGAGUUCCAGCCCUCUGAGAACCGCCCCGCAGCCAGGGUGCGUACCAAGACCGCCAUUCCAUUUGGCAAAAUUUACGGUCCGUUUAAAGGCAUCCUGAAGCCGACUGUGGAAAGCCAAGAAUCAGCCUGGGAGAUAUUUGACCGUAAUGGUAAAUUGAAAACUUGGAUUGACGCAAGUGAUCCUGGAAGUGGAAAUUGGAUGAAAUACGUACAACAGGCCCAGGAUCAUCAGACCCACAACUUAGAGGCUGUGCAGAUAGAGAACAAGAUUUAUUAUCGAACGCUUCGAGAGUUGAAAGCUGGGGAAGAAAUGCUUCUUUUCAACAAAGACAUACUUUACUCCGACAGUGACUGUCAGAAAUCUGAUGACGACAUAACUAACUUGCCGACGACAAAGGGUAGCCGGGAUGUGGUGACAGGUGGGUUAUCGCAUCAGGACUCAUAUAUACACAGCCAGGACAUGCUGAGGAGAAGCAUCUCCAACGACAACUUAGACAAAUCCGAGGAGGACGAAACUAAAAGUGAAGACUUUGAUUACCCGACAGAGACUGGUAUUGAAGGAGAAUACAAGUGUGACGAGUGUCCCAAAAGUUUCCAGUGGAAAGCUAAUCUUCUGAGACAUCAGGCAGCGCAUGAAGCUGGUCGACGCUUUCCUUGUGAGAACUGUGAGAAAGUCUUCACAGAUCCCAGCAACCUUCAACGCCACAUUCGCUCCCAACACCACGGAGCACGAUCCCACGCCUGUCCAGACUGUGGGAAGACGUUUGCUACUUCCAGUGGCCUGAAACAACAUCAACACAUUCAUAGCAGCGUGAAGCCCUUCCAGUGCGAAGUCUGCCUGAAGGCCUACACACAGUUUUCAAAUCUCUGUCGUCACAAGAGAAUGCACGCUGACUGCCGUCAACAAAUCAAGUGUAAAGACUGUGGCCAGGCAUUCUCUACAGUUACCUCCCUUAGUAAACAUAAGCGAUUCUGCGAGGGUGCUCUGAGAAGCGGAAUGCGCAUUGGGUACUCCCCAGAGAAAAUGAGUCCAAUGGGGCCAAUGAGUAUACCCCCAGUGAACCAGGCCUCGCCUCUGACCUCAGCAGCUUACAUGGGACUGUACGCUGGGCGCCCGCCCUACCCCUUCUACCAACAUCUUGGCACUGGAUUCCCUAUAUUUCCUAGCCACCCAUUGGGCCCUCUUGGCAGCCCAGUGUCACCUGUGGACGGCAAGUUCAAAUCUGCCUUGUCACCAGAAGUGAAAACACCAUCAUCGAUGGCAUCGGAGAGCAGGGAAAAGAAUGAAAUAAGGCUUUUUAAAGACAGGAAGGGUUCGGAAGGAUCAGAGGGCAGUGAACUCUCAGACAUGACCAGUGGCAGUGACUUGGACAUUAGCUCUGGCUCUGAUGCUGAGAGUGAGGCCAGCGUGUCCAAAAAGCCCUUCCUGAGCUCAGCAUUCAGUCGACCCAAAGUUGAGGAGAGGUCAAAACAUUUAGAGAUGUUCCGCACUCCUCCAGCAAGUCGCCAUGGAGACUCGACCCCUACUAAAAGUCAGCAAACACCGGUCAUCGCCCAUAGUGCCGCGCGCAAGAACCUCAAUCCAUCCCCCAUUCAGGAAGAUCUCCCGUUUGAUUUGUCCAAGAGCAAGAAGUCCCGAGGGUCAUCAUCGGGAGAACAACCUUUGGACCUCAGCAACAAAAUCAAGGAACCAAUUCCCCAAGAGCCAUCCCGAAAAACCCACAUCUUUGGUGAACGCCGCAUCUCUCCCCAGGAAAACAAACUCCACUAUGCCUAUCCCAUGAUGAAUCCACUCUUGUUGGACUCAUUUUAUGGUGGGUUGGACAAGGACAAACUGCAGUCAUACCACGAUGCUGCCAAGUUUAUGGCUUUUGCCCGAUUUCCCAUGGCCUCCCCGACGUUUCCUCCCAUGGGCCAGAUGCCUAUGUUGCCCCCUCAGGUGGAUCACAAGGAUAUGUCUCCUGUGAUGAAGAUGGACAAAACACCAGAACAUCUCCGAUUCCAUCCGAACAUCAACAAGCUCAAGGAAAGGUACUCCUGCAAAUUCUGCGGCAAGAUCUUCCCUCGUUCUGCAAACCUUACUCGCCACCUGCGAACACACACGGGAGAGCAGCCGUACAAGUGCAAGUACUGCGAGCGCUCGUUUAGCAUCUCCUCUAACCUUCAACGCCAUGUCCGCAACAUCCACAACAAGGAGAAGCCGUUCAAGUGUCCACUGUGUGAUCGUUGUUUUGGCCAGCAGACCAACUUGGAUCGGCAUCUGAAGAAGCAUGAAUCUGAAGGACCAAAUGUAGCAGAUUCUCCAGUGAACGAGGCCCAUGAUCUGGAGGAGAAAGAUGAGGCUUAUUUUGCUGAAAUUCGUAACUUCAUUGGAAAAACAUCUGGUUGUGAUUCUGAAGUAAAUGAGAGAGUUGAUGUUGAGAAGGUUGCCUACCACAAGGUAGAGGAUCUUAGGGAAGAUGAAGAAGAUGAAGUCCUGGCUGAGAAACUGACGGAUUCUCGCGAGAAUUCUGAUGAAGAGGAUGCUCUUAGUGAACCUGUGAACAAGAAGUGUCGAGUGGAAGGGGAGACUAUCUCCACUAACAAUAAUGAGUCCUCUAAAAGCCGAUUCCGACUUUCAAAUGGGUUUAGCAGAACAUCGGAAAGUGAUAUUGCUGACUCAGACUGUGUUCAGAGCUUGUGCCAGAAAAAUGGUUACGAAAUCCAAAAUAGCUUUACAGCUCUAACUUGCUCCACAUGAGUCUUUUACUGACUUGUUGAUUGACCUAGAACAGCUUCAAGCAAACCAUUUGUUAAGACUUUUGGUGAAGCGGCCCAGGUUUCCCUGUAAGAAGACUUUCACUAGGAACUGUUCAUCAUUAGGCUGACUGAAACAUUAUUAACCCCCAAGACGACCAAAGAUAUUUAUGUCUUGAUAUUUGUACCAUUCGUAUUUAUCCUAGUUUUUGUAUUGAGUGUUCACUUUUGACUCAGAAGGAUGUAGGAGUUAUUUAAAAGGAGGAAAACCUGUCUCAAACGAAAAUGGAAAAGUACAUGUUCUUUGUUACCUGAACAAUGUAUUGGGUGACAGCCUCUAUUGAGAUACAUUUGUGAACUUGUAUCAUCAAUUUCAAGGCCCCUUUUACAUGAAUUUGGUUAUAUUUUUACAAUUGAUGUCUGAUUCUCAUUUGAUAAACCAUUUUUGUUGAGAAAGUAUUAUGAUUAGUUGAUACUUAUUUUGGAUUUUCACACAUUUUGGGCUUAUAUAAUUCUGCACUUGUUUGAGAAUGCUGAAAAUAAGGAAAAAAAGUUUUACAGUGUUAUAUUGCUACUCUUUGAUUUUGAAAAAGGACUACAUACAUGUUUUUCAUAUACUAAAUUUUAAAGCGGGAACAGUUUUCAAACCGGGACCAAUUUUCUAACGGUAUUCCAUUAUUGUAGUUCAUGCAAUUCUUAAAAUACAUUCUUACUUGUCAAUGAAAAUGUCAAAUCCAAAGAUCAUCAAGUCUUACUUAAAGUUGCACUAUAUAAAAAUCUACAAGGACGCUUUAUGGUCAUUAAUAUAUAUGUGUGUAUAUAUGAUUACAUUUUUAUUGCUGUUAACCAUUGGUCAGCGACAAGUGCUGAAGUGAAGU